AUGAAAUUUUGAAGUCGAGAUGAAGCCCUCGUCUGUUCUGUACACUCGCAAAAUCGUCUCGAUUUCCGAAGUCAACCUGUCUGCUGGUGAUUGAGAAAAUGGCCUUAUUUAUUAGUUUUCACGUCCAUAUCAAACCUAUAACUCACCAUUAUGUCUCGCCGAAAGCUUCAUACACAAUUCAAAACCAUGAACCCAUAAUCAAGAACCAAAAUUUGAAGUCAGCUACCAGUGUGAAAAGAAGACGAGCAAAACGAAUCAAUACAUUAGUUGAGAACGGGAAUAUCUCGUCGACAAGAAGGCUGUUAUCUUAUGUGGAGUCGGGGUGUUUAGAAGAUGCGCUCCAUGUGUUUGAGAAUAUGGGUGACUCAAGUACUUUCAUAUGGAACGUGAUAAUAAGGGGACUGGCCAAUAACGGGUUCUUUCAAGAAGCUAUUUAUUAUUAUCACCGUAUGCAGUUUGAAGACGUAGAAGCCGAUUGUUUUACUUUUCCAUCUGUAGUCAAGGCGUGUACUGCUGCUUUUGCCGCGGUGGAGGGACAAAAAGUUCACUCGAGGAUAAUUAAGCUUGGUUUGGACAGUGAUAUUUACAUCUGCAAUACUCUUAUAUUGAUGUAUGCAAAAGUCGGAUGUGUAAAGGAUUCUGAUGAAAUAUUUGAAGGUAUGCCUGUAAAGGAUUUAGUUUCUUGGAAUUCUAUGAUCAGUGGGUAUGUUUCAGCUGGCGAUGGUCGGAGCUCCUUGUCAUGUUUCAGUAAAAUGCAGGCAGAUGGAUUACAACCUGACAGGUUUAGCAUUAUUAGUGCUUUGGGUGCUUGUGCUCUUGGGCAUUUUUUGUUAAGUGGAAGGGAAAUCCACUGCCAAGUGAUUAGGAGACGGUUUCAAUUAGAUUUAAUGAUAGGGACUUCACUUAUUGACAUGUACGGAAAAUGCGGUCUGGUGGAUUACGCUGAAGGGGUAUGUAAUACCAUUUCUCAAAAGAACGUGGUGGUUUGGAAUGCAAUGAUAAGUGCAUAUGCCUUGAAUGAUAAAUCAUUCAAGUCAUUUACUUGUAUGAGGGAAAUGCAAGAGAGUGGCAAUUUGAAUCCUGAUGUUGUCACAUUGAUAAACUUGCUCCCCUCUUGUGCAAAACUGGAAGCUCUUGUGCAGGGAAAAGCCAUCCAUGGUUAUGCCAUUCGAAAAGGAUUUUUUCCUCAUUUAGUAUUAGAGACUGCUUUAGUUGACAUGUAUGGUAAGUGUGCGAGGCUGAAAUUGGCUGAAGGUAUGUUUUUCUACAUGAAGGAAAGAAAUUUAAUAUCAUGGAAUGCCAUGAUUGCUGCUUAUGUGCAGAAUGGCUAUGCCAGGAAAGCCUUGGAAAUGUUUGAAGAUAUGUGGAACGAAAAUUUUAUCCCAGAUGAGAUGACAUUUGCUAGUAUCCUGCCAGCAUAUGCUGAAAAAGCCUUGCUAAAAGAAGGGAUGCAAAUUCACAGCUAUAUAUGUAAAUUGGGUUUUGCUUCUAGUACAUUCAUCUCCAAUGCAAUUAUGUACAUGUAUGCAAAAUGUGGGGAUCUUCAGACUGCAAAAGAAAUCUUCGAUAGUAUGUUGUUUAAGGAUCUUAUUUCAUGGAACACAAUAAUAUUAGCUUACGCCAUCCAUGGGUUUGGAGCAUCUUCCAUUAGAUUGUUCUCUAAGAUGAGGGAAGAGGGUAUUGAACCGAAUGGAAGCACAUUUGUUUCCCUUUUAUCAUCCUGCAGCAUUUCUGGGAUGGAGGAAGAAGGUUGGGAAUAUUUUAAUUCGAUGAAAAGGGAUUAUGGAAUCGAUCCUGGAAUAGAGCACUAUGGCUGUAUGCUUGAUCUACUAGGCCGUGCUGGUAAUCUUGACUUAGCUAAACGCUUUAUAGAUGAAAUGCCUAUAACACCAACUGCCCGGAUCUGGGGAUCUUUGCUGGUUGCGAGUAGACAUCAUAGAAACAUAGAACUAGCUGAGCUAGCUAGAAACCAUGUGUUGUCAUUGAAUCAUGAUAAUACUGGAUGCCAUGUCUUGCUCUCGAACAUGUAUGCUGAAGUCGGCAGAUGGGAAGACGUAGAACGGGUUAGAUGUUGGAUGAAAAACCAAAGAUUAGAAAAAACCGUUGGAUGCAGCAUAGUUGAGUACAAUAGUAAGACAUACCGGUUCACCAAUCACGAUAAAUCACAAAUUAAGAGUAACAUGAUUUAUGAAGUUCUUGAUAUGAUUUCGAGGAAAAUAGGGGAAUAUCAGUGUGGCCCUGACGUCACUAAGUUCAAGACAGUAGAUUUGUUGAAGAAAAGGGAUAACGCUCCUUUCUGCCACAGUGUGAGAUUAGCUAUUUCAUUUGGCUUGAUCUCCACAUCGGUUGGGAACCCUGUGCUAGUUAGAAAGAACAUUACGGUAUGUGAAGAUUGCCAUAGUGCUGCAAAAAAGAUUUCAGAGAUAACUAACAGAGAGAUUGUAGUAGGAGACUCAAAAAUAUAUCACCAUUUCAGGGAUGGGAAUUGUUCGUGUAGAGAUUAUUGGUGAAUAAAUUGUUUGAAGGACAAGAAUACUUGUAAAAUAAUUAGCUUGAGAUUUCAGGAUUCAGCAGGUAUCACUGGAAUCAUCUUCAUGCUCCUCAAGUUGUACCAAUAUGGUCAAAUUGAAAAGGUGAGUCGGCUAAUGCUUACUGCUAAACGAUUGGGAGUUCUAUUAGAUUGUCAACGAAGUUGGAAUUCGAGUAAACAGAAGAGGAGAAAGGUAUGUUGUGCAUCUUGAUUUUGUUAAAAGAAAGACACGGUAACUAUUUACAGGUUCAUUGAUAUCAUAUUGGACCUGUAUGGACUAUUUUAGUGGGAGCCUGAGAAAAUGUUUAGGAUAAAAAUGUGGUAGUUACACGAGUGAUAAUAAAUUAAGCUCAACAUCGCAAAUUUUGUUCAAGAUGUUUUCAAGUUGGGUUUUGUGCUCAUAUAAUAUAUUCUUGCUAUAGUAAAAUAGAAAA